AUACCGUCGUUCGACAGUACUCACUACUCAGUAUCCUUAUAUCUUUUUUCAAACGUUACGCGGCCGACAACAUUUUAUGAUUCUAAUUUUUCUCAACAUUUAUCCGAGAAAAGUGUCCGAUAACUCGGCACAAAUGAGAUCCAACCGGCAUAUAAGACAUAUUAAAAGAUAACUCGAAAAUGGAUUCAUUUACGAUCAUUUUGACGACCAUCAUACUUAUACUUUCUAAACUCACGAAUGCACUGGGCGCGCUGUCCACCGUAUGCGAUAACGAAAUGGCUUGCAAAUGCAUAAACAACACUGUGUCGUGCAUGACGUUACAACAAGAUGGAACAAUCAUUCUUCCGUACGGCACAGAAGUCGUACAUUUCAACGACGUUCCAGCCGUGAUAGUCAACAAUAGCACAUUUGCAAAUGGGAAACAACUGCAGGAAAUUACAUGGGUGGCAAGUAAGAUAAAAUUAGUGGAGGCGUUGUAUCAAAAUUAUCUGAAGUACUUGGAUUUAUCUAGAAACAAUAUUUUUAAACUAUCGGAUGAUACGUUUCACAACUGUCCUCUUUUAGAGUACAUAGACCUGUCUGACAAUCAACUAAACAUUUUAUCAGACGAUUUAUUUUCACACGYUAGCUCACUGAGAACAGUCAUUUUAGAAAAUAAUAAUUUUAAUUCAAUAUCAGAGAAUUUCUUCAAAUACACAAUCAAUUUAAAAAACCUUAGUAUAGGUAAUCCAAAUUUAUCUGUACUAGAUAAAAAUUCAAUUGCAAACUUGUACAAACUGGAAUACCUGAGUAUUCAAAAUUGUGGGAUAAGAAAUCUCAAUCAAAGUUCCUUUGGUGAACAUUUAAAUCUAUAUAGUGUUAAGCUGAAUAACUGUACACAUUUAACAUCAAUUGAUAACGAUUUCAUCAGUUCAUCACCAAACAUCAAAAUUAUAGAACUUAACAACUGUGGAAUAAUUGAUUCAUUACCAUCCAAUAUUGUUUCUCUUAAAAACCUACAACAGUUACAAAUGUCAAAUACACAAAUUCAGCCAAAUUGUCAAAAUGGAUGGUUUAGCCAAUGGUUCAAUAAUACAACAACUACUGUAGCGGGUUAUGAAAAUUAUUCAAAUUUUAUUGAAACACUUAAUGAAAUUAACUGCCCGCCAAAAAUAUACUAUACAAACAGUCCUAUUACAUUACAGUUAACCAAAAAAGGAAUAAUUAAUUGUAUGGCUUAUGGAAAUCCAUUUCCGUCAAUCACUUGGUUAGUGCCAGGUGGAUUAACAUUUCAUGAAAAUAAACAAGCUGAUAUAAAUAUAUCACACCAUCCAAAUGUCCAUAACUGGGAUCUAAAUCAAAUAGUUAGUCAAUCGCUUUCAAUUCACAAAAAUGGAUCUUUAAAUAUUCUACGAAUGCUAAGAACUCAUAUUGGUAACUAUACAUGCUAUGUAUCAAAUAAAUAUGGAAACAGUUCUAAACUAGUGGAAGUACAUCUAGACAGUGGAGUAUUUUUCAGUAUCAAAAUAAAUGCACUGUUAUUAGGAAUAUCUUCAGCAUUAGGAUUUUUAAUGCUAACUAUUUUAUGUUGUGCUCUCAAGCUAUUAUUAGUAAGACUGAAUUGUAUAAAAAAAAGUCAACAGACAGAAACAGAAAUGGGAUCUACAGAAAAACCAACAAUUUUUCCAGCAGAUGUUUAGUUAAAGAUAAUUGUUCCAAGAAAUAUUGUCUAAUGGUCAAUAUUAAUCCAUGUUUGGAGUAUCAGCUAGUUUUACUCACGGAACUGGUAUUAAGUUGGAAACUGCAUACAUUAAAGAUAAAAGUUAUGUAUGUAAUAAAU